AGUUACCAUCCAGCCAGAUCAAGACCUCCUAGAAGAAAGAAGAGCUCGCGACGAAGCCGGCGAAAGCCCCCCAAACCCUCCUCCUGUCCUCCCCCCCACCCCGACCUAGCAGUAGCGGCGCGACGAGAUGGCCGACGACCCCACCGCCGCCGGCGGGAACCCCGUCGAGGACAUCGCCCGCGCCGAGGGUGACACGAAUCCGCGUGAGGAUGGCUUGUUGAAAUCCAAGGACAGGGACAAAGAUAGAGAAAAGGACAAGGACAGGGAUUGUCGCAGGGACCGUGACAGGGAUCGAGGGAGGGACAGGGAUCGGGACAGGGAUCGGGACAGAGACAGGGACCGGGACCGCCAGAGUAGGCAUCACCGUGAAAGAAGGGACCGUCCUGAUGAUCACAGAGGCCGUGAUUCUGAAAGGAGAAGAGAUCGUGAUAGAGAUGGGCACCGCAGGAACCGUUCUCGCUCACGGUCUCGUUCAAGGGGUACAGAUCGGUCGCGUUCAAGGAGCAAACGAGUUAGUGGAUUUGAUGCGCCACCCCCACAAGCAAUGAGUUCAACAUUUCCAGUUAUUCCAACCCCAAGCCAGUUACCGGGCUCUUCUCUUCCCAACAUUGGUGGCAUGUUUCCCAACAUGCUACCUUUUGGUGUUACUGGGCAGUUCAACCCCCUUGUCAUCCAGCCACAAGCAAUGACUCAACAGGCUACUCGUCAUGCUCGGCGUGUUUAUGUCGGUGGUCUCCCUCCAUCUGCUAAUGAACAGACAGUGGCAGUUUACUUUAAUCAAGUCAUGGCUGCUAUUGGAGGAAACACUGCUGGUCCAGGUGAUGCUGUUCUUAAUGUCUACAUAAAUCAUGACAAGAAAUUUGCUUUUGUGGAAAUGAGAUCUGUUGAGGAAGCAAGCAAUGCAAUGGCCUUGGAUGGCAUUUUGUUCGAAGGGGCGCCAGUGAAGGUCAGAAGGCCAACAGAUUAUAACCCUUCCUUGGCAGCUGCCCUGGGCCCAAGCCAGCCAAGCGCCAAUCUGAAUCUUGCUGCAGUUGGCCUAACAGCAGGGUCUGCUGGGGGUUUAGAAGGUCCAGACCGUAUUUUUGUGGGUGGCCUUCCCUAUUACUUCACUGAAGCGCAAGUUCGGGAGUUGCUUGAAUCAUUUGGACCUCUCCGAGGAUUUGAUCUUGUGAAGGAUAGGGAAACUGGUAACUCAAAGGGCUACGCGUUCUGUGUUUACCAGGACCUCACUGUCACUGACAUUGCUUGUGCUGCUCUAAAUGGUAUCAAGAUGGGAGACAAAACCCUUACUGUCAGACGAGCAAACCAAGGGACAUCUCAGCCCAGACCAGAGCAGGAAAGUAUCCUAUUGCAGGCACAGCAACAGGUGCAGUUACAGAAACUUGUGUAUCAAGUUGGAGCGAUCCCUACAAAGGUUGUUUGCCUCACCCAGGUGGUAAGUGCAGAUGAAUUAAAUGAUGAUGAAGAGUAUGAGGACAUUAUGGAAGACAUGAGGCUAGAAGCAGGAAAAUAUGGUAAUUUGGUUAAAGUUGUCAUCCCUCGUCCUGAUCCCAGUGGACAGCUAGUUGCAGGAGUUGGGAAGUUUUCUGUUGCAGGUGUUCUUGGAAUAUGCAGAUGUUGAUGGUGCUGCCAAAGCAAAGACGGCCUUACACGGAAGGAAAUUUGGUGGGAACCCAGUGGUCGCGGUCUGCUAUGCCGAGGACAAGUUUGCCAAUGGAGAGUACGAUGGAUAAAUGUUAUCCCUCUCGAUGUGUACCAGUAGUCGAGUCUUUUUGCUAGCACUCAUUUCUAUAACGCGACAAAGAUAAAUGCUUUGCCAUCCAGGCUGAACAUGUAUGCCUUGGUCGCCCUGGAUUUAUGAUUAGCCCACCUAUGAAUGAACAGUUGUAAGAAUAGAUUUUGAAAAUCAUUGCCUAAUCCUCAGCCUCUCGACCUGUGUUUGGGUUCGCUUGUUCUGUA